GUACAAAAAUCGUAAAAGAAAGAAAAAAUGAAGCGCUAAAGAUUGGCAGCAGAACAGAAGGGAGGCGAAUAGGAGUUGCGAUGUCGAUCAAAUUUAUCAACAUAUCAUCAUCUCCUCCGCCGUUUCUUCGGACUCCUCACGUCUCUUUUACUCCUCUUCCUUUCAUAACCCAAAUCAAGAAUGGUUGGACUAGGCGAAUUCCGAUGCUCCGUGUGAAGUGCUUAACAGAGCCCAGCAGAGAUAUGGAAUCCGAAGCUGAGACUGAGACGUUGUCUUCUGCGAGCAUUUCAUCAUACAGUUGGUGUGCAGGACUCGGAGGGCUUGGGUUUCUGGAGACCAGUUACUUGACCUACCUCAAGCUCACUAAUUCUGAUGCCUUUUGCCCAAUUGGCGGUGCCACUUGCGGCGACAUCCUCAACAGCGACUACGCCUCUGUUUUUGGUGUUCCUCUUCCAUUGAUUGGAAUGUUUGCAUAUGGAUUAGUUACAAUACUUGGUAUACAGUUGGCUGGAAAGCACUUGCCUUUCAAGAUGGACGAAAAUAAUGGUCUCUUGAUCUUACUUGGAAGCACCACCUCCAUGGCUGUUGCCAGUGCAUACUUCUUGUACAUUCUAAGCACAAAAUUUCCGGGAUCAUCUUGCUCAUACUGUUUAAUGUCAGCUCUGUUGUCAUUCAGCUUGUUUUUUACCACUAUAAAGGCUUUUGGGUUGCAAGAAAUACAAAAAGUGGUAGGUUUACAGCUAUGCUUAGGUGGAUUGGUGGUUGCUAUUUUAAGCACCUCAUAUAAUACUUCUCUAUCUGUCCCUACAAGCUCUGCUGAGAUUGAUCUGCCACUAUUUACAACUGAAAUAACAACAGAAUCAAGUCCUUUCACUCUUGCUCUUGCAAGGCAUCUACAUUCCAUAGGAGCUAAAAUGUAUGGGGCUUUCUGGUGUUCGCAUUGUCAAGAGCAAAAACAGACAUUUGGACGUGAAGCAGCAAAGUUGUUAGACUAUGUGGAAUGCUUCCCUGAUGGAUAUAGGAAAGGGAUUAAAAUAGCCAAGGCAUGUGCCGAUGCUAGAAUUGAAGGGUUUCCAACAUGGGUAAUUAAUGGUGAGGUUUUGGGUGGAGAACAAGAAUUGUCAGAGCUUGCGAGAGCAUCUGGAUUCAAACUUGAUGAUUUUAUUCUAUCUUAAUUAUUAGAUUUACUCAGUACAGCAGUAUUAUAGUGGAUGUACAGCUCCUAAAUUAUCUCUAAGGUUACGAACUCAAGAGCCUGGGUUCUCUGUAACACAACUUGUAAUUGUUGUUAUCUGCACAAAUAUAGCCUGACAAAAAAUGAAAAAGAGAGGGAAGGGAUUUGGCCUUGCUCAUUUUUAGUAAACACUAUUUGGAAGUGCAUUAAAAUCUCGGUGCUGAUGAAUGAGAAUGUUUUUUCUUUAA